AUGAAAGCAUAUGAAUUUGAGGUUGAUAAUAAAAGAAAUAUUCAAAGGGAAGAGCUAUUUAUUUUGACAAUUGUUGAAAGAGUAUUAGCAGGACACUUGCAAUCGAUAUCCUUUGUAGAUUAAGCUUAAUUUUGUGAACUAUUAACAAAAAGACAAAAGGAAAAAAAAGCUAUUCAACCACUGCAUAUCUAGAUUUUAGGAACAGUGAAACGAAAUCUGAUUAAAAAUCAAACACCUCUACUUGAAAAAAAAGUACCUUAUGAAAUACGGACGGUUACUUCAUCAUAAAUAGAAAUGAGGAAGAAUCAUAUUCAUACAUUUAGCAAUAGAAACCUCAAUAACAAAGAAUAACAGACUACAGACUAAGAUGCUUAAAUGCCUGGACAACUAUAACCUUAAUCAAACAGAAAUAGUAACUUGAAAAUUGAUAAAAAAUUCAAUAGUGCUAAGUAUCAUACCAAUAGGAAUAAAAAUCAGGGUGAUUCAUCUGCUCGUUGCAUAAAUCCCUUCUAAUUGAAUAGUCCCAAUAGUACACAAGCAGAAAAUAUUCUGAAAGAAUUUCCAUCCCUAAAAUAGUCUACAAUUAAUGAGAUCGGACCUAUUCCAAAGAAUGAGAAGGCGAUAAUCAAUAUUGUAAGUUAGGAUGGAGAAAUAGAAUAACAAGAAGACUUUAUUAUAAAAAAUAAUAAAAAUAGUAUAGAAGAACUGAGGAGAGUUGAUAAUAAAGAAGAUCUGGAUGUUUAGUAAUUAGAAUCAUAAGCAAACCAAAACCACUAGCAACUAUUAAGAGUUGAUAAGUAGGAUUCCAAUGCGCAAUAAUCAAAAUAAUAGUAGAAUCACUCCAGGAAAUAAUCAUAAAACUUACCCAUGGGCAGUGAUUCUAGCAAAAUGGAUCUGAAAGAGAAGCUAUAAAAAUACUAUAGCAAUGAAGAAGAGUUCAGUUCUCAAAGAAAACCAAUGACUUAAAGUGAUAGAUUAAAAAAUGCCAGUUAUGGUACUGAUCCAAAUACGAAAGAUAUCAGAGUAGAUAACAAGUCCUAAAUAAUUUAAAGUGCCAAGUACUUAGAAAAUGAUAAGAAAUCAGAUAAGGCCUAAUCAAAAUAAUAACUAGUCAAAUUUUCAUUCAUUCCUGGAGGAACCUAAGAAAUUGCAUAGUAUACAGAAAACUCUUCUAAAGAACAAUAUAUUAGUCCUAAGAAAAGCUUUGAAGAAGCGCAUCAAACUGGAAAUUUCCUUUCUCCUCCAUAGUCUGUCAGAUCACUCAUUUCUGCUAAGUCUACAAAAACAAAACUUAAAACUCUGUAAUCAAAUGAUUUAAAAAUAUAUGAUCAUUAAAACUAAUAACAAUUUGAGAAUUCACUCUCAAAAGAAGAGUCCCAAAUCUCAUUGUUAGAAUAAUCAUUGCAUGCUCAUCAUGAGUAAAACCACCUUUUACAUUCAAGUACAUUACGACCAGCAACUACCCAUAUUGAAAGCAAUAAACAACAAGAUUACCCAAUGUUUUAAACUCACGACAACUUGGACUUAAUGAAAAAAUCUGCUUAGAAACUAUUGUAAUAGUAAAGCAGUAUCACAUCCAUCAUGCAUGAUGAAGAGAACUUUUAAAGUAAUUAAACAUUAACGUAGUAAAUUAAUAUUUAAGUAAAUCAAUGCGAACCAACUCAACCUACAAAUAAUAUCAUCAUUGAAGAAUCCAUUGAAGGUUCUCCCAACUGCAAGAUUAAAAAUUAUCAACAUUCUGCUGCAUCUUUCUCUCUUCUAAAAUUGGAGGAUCAGCAUUAAUUGCCAACUUAAACUAUUAUUCAAUAAAAGUAACCAUUAUCUCCAAGGAAUGGAUAAGUACCUUCCAACACAUAUAUUCCCACAUCCAACAUGAUCCCAGGGACUUAAUCAUAAUCUAAGAUGCUCAUUCCAAUAAAUAAUACGUAGAGCAGUAUUAAAAAUAAUAGAGCAACCAACAAAUCUAGAUCCUAAAUCAAAGAUUAAAUAUAACAAUAAUAAUAACAAUAAAGAUCUGAAGAUAGUUAGCCCGAAAGUAAAUUGACCAUUGAGUCUUCCCAAGGAGAUAAAUCAAAUAGAUCUAGAAUCGUGAAAAAUACAAAGUAAUUAAAAUUGCCAGCUGCUGCAGUUGCCUUAAAUUUCGCGAGGAGAAAAUCAUCUAACUAGAUAUCGCCUAUGGAUCCCAAGAAGCUGGAACAAUAAGAAAAAGAGAAAUAAAGAUAGAUUGAAUACUAAAAGCAAAUUGAAAAAAUGAAAUAUGAAAGGGAGUUGAUGGAAUAAUUCAAAAUUCCAGAUGAAAUGCCCUUAUUAUAAAAAAGAGCAAUCAUAGAAUCAUUAAUGAAGGAGUUAGAGACCAAUCCUGAUUAAGAUGCUAAAUAUUAAAUUAUGUUAUAUAAGUAAAGAUAAGAGCAAAUUUAAAAUGCCUCUAAAAUUGAGUUAGUUUUUAAUAACAAUCUUACAAAUUGUUAUGAGGAAUUAUCGCAUAUUUCUGAAUUGAAAUUAAAAUUAUUGGGAAAAGAUUCAGAUCCAUAAAAAAUCUAAUUUUUUAAAUUUGAAGACCAAGUUUAAACUAAUUUUCAUGGAUAAUCGAAAUCUUUUACCUAGGAGCUUGGAUCACCAAUCAAAAAGAACCUUAAGUUUUUUAGUAAAUUGGAUCCUGUUGAAAUUGAGAAUUAAAUGAAUAGAAUCAAAGAUUUUAGAUAAGAAACUGAAAUUUUAAAAUUAUUUUCUUCUUUCAAUAAUCAAUAUGAAAAAGAAGUGAAUUAAUGUGAUUUAGAUUAUCCUACUGAAAAAGAUAGAUACGGUUCAAUGGAUUUUCAAAGAGGAUUCUUGCCAAAGGCAAUUCACAGACGCAAAAAGGCUAAACAUAAAAGCACGAAAAUAGUUAUUAAUACUUAUAGAAUGGACCCAAAAAAAAUAGACUAAGUUUUAGCCUAAACUGAAAGAAUAAAGCAAGUUGGAUAAUUUUUAUUUUGA